UCAGGGAGUGCAGUUAUAUCAGCUGACUUGCGCUGACUUGUCUUUCUGAUAAAUUAAUGACUCUUCGCAAUUUCGUUCGCGACUUUCUUGUUUCUGUUUUAAAUUUGGAAGUUUCUCAAGUGAAUUUCUGAUGUUGGAUAAGAUUUAUCUACAUUUUUUACGAAGGGUAGAAUGAGUUGGACGAGCAGGAUGGCUCGUCACGGAACGGAUCUAUCGCUCCAUUUGUCAAUGCACCCAGAAAGUGCUGUUUCGACACCGACAUGCUCGCCUGGAGCUCUUUCUCCGAACAUUACACCAAAAAGUGAAUCGAAUGCAGGACAUAGUCCAAUUCUUUCCCCGACGGAAUCCCGUAUUCCUAGACCUUCUCCGAAGCCUUUACGGCGUUCUGCAAGUUUACGAGUGCGAGGAGAACAUGGAUCUCAUUUGAGAUCGCCUAUGAUCAGCUCUAGCAUUCAUAACCACCAAAUUCGAAAUCAGAGCAAUCUCUUUCAUAAUUAUCUACCACAGCAACACCUUCAAUUUAAUCACCAGGAUCUAUACCCUAGCAUUAAGGAAAAUGGAACUGAUUCUCCUCGUCAUCGAUCUAACAGUUUGUCACUGACGCCGGCAAGGCCGCGGCCAAUCUACCCGUCCUCGAGUUACACUGUAGGGUUCGAUGACAGCGACGUCGAAAGUGUGAAAAGUUGCGGAAGUGCCUGCAGUACUGCGAGUGCCUGCGAUCAUGCAACCUUCGCCCUCAACGGUACAACUUGGUCGGGUCGAUCGCGUAAAUACGUCGUUCAUUGUUCCAAUCAUUCCGGUGACAGUGAGCAGUAUCUCACACCCACUCAAAGGGCAGCUAGACAGAUUCGAAAAUUUCAGGCUCUCUUGAAAGAAGCGAAAAAAGAAAUAGAAGAAAAGGACCAAGAAAUCCUUCGGUUAACGAAAGAGGUCGUGGAAUUGCGACUUUACAAAGCAUCUUUGAACAGUCCUGAUGAAAGAACAGAAAGCAGCGAAGCCCCGACGGUUCGAGAAAAUGACCCUUUUUCUCCUCAGUCGCCUUCGAAGGAUCUUCCCGACGAGUGUGGAUUUGAAACAGCCACAAGUCCAGGAAGUUCUCGAAAACGAGUGCCUUCCGAAGUUCAAUCCUCCUUGGCAGACUCCGGACACUUCGAGGAUGGCUCCAUUCAUUCAAAAGAGUCAGUUUCCCUUCCAGGAAUUAAUGCAAUUAAUACUAACAUCACUUCCACGACUGGUGUCGAACAAAGUGAGAAUUCCCUGAAUAGGACCUUCACCUCCACUGCAGAAAAUUCUGAACGAGAUGGGGAUAGAAGAAGACUAGUUGCUCACUAUGAAAGCAGGAUCGAGGAAAUGCACCGGAGGCACGUGGACGAACUCCAGGAACUUAAAGAAAAGCAUAAUGACAAGGUUGAGAGUUUGUUAUACCAACUCGCAGAGGUUAACACUCGAUACUGUGAAAUUCGGCCGUCCUUGAACACAUCAGAGACUCGGGUUCGAGAAUUGGAAACCGAGUUAGAAGCUGUUAAAUCGGAACUUACGGAGCAAAAGGCUUUUGUAAGUGAACAAGAAGAGAGUAAUAAACAAAUGUACCUGAAGAUGUAUGCCAAAGGCCAGGAGGCUGCCCGGAUCGAGCAAGCUGAUCAGAUUCUCGAGCACGCUCAAGAAUCACCGCCUAAAGUAUCAGUAGCUGAACUUUUUCAGCAACUGACAGUCACACAAGCCGAACUAGAAAAUAUUAAAGAUACAUACUACUCGCCUGAACCUCAUAUAUCGGCCCAACGUAGCCCGUGUUUAUUAAGUGGUCAGGAGGCUGUUUCUCUCUGGGUUCUUGGCACGCGUAAGGCCAUGUAUCGGCGAAUUGUCGAAUCUAGAAACACCCAGGGAGCUCUGGAUCCAGAAAUUACUUUACAGUUCCUCAAGUCUGCGAUUUAUUACUUCCUCACAGACAAGGAAAAUCAUCAGGGUCAUUUGAAUGCCAUCGAGAGCAUUCUAGGAUUCAACGAAAGCGAGAAAUCCAAUAUCGAUAAGAUUUAUCGAUCGGUAAGGAAGUAACUUUGCAGGUUAUAAAACAUUUUGCCUUCGUAGCAAUUGAGCGUCGUUGUGAGCGACUUUUGGUGCUCAGUUUUCGCGAAAUAACAUUCGCAAAAUAGUCACGUUUUUUUAGUCACUUUUAUUUUAUAACUUUCAUCGACAAUCGAUUGAGAAACUGUGAUACGUAUAAUGGAAAGACUAAAUAAUUUAAUAAAAAAUUGAGGACUGUUUUGUUUUUAAAUUUGAGUACUUUAUUUAAAAAAAUUUAUUUGUUUCAAAGUGAUUAGGUUUAAUAUAAUGAAUAGUAUAAUUUGUAAAUAAUUUAACUGUAAAACAACGAAAAAAAAAACUGAAACUGAGCACUGAACAUCGCAAAUGUGUCUUGCCUCUAUUCGAAAGUUGGCAUUUUUAAGAGUAUUAGAUAGCUUAUAAGAAGUAGCUACAUUUUUGGAUUUCAAUCCAAUUCUUACCAAAAAUAGAGACUUUACACAUGAAAACGUCAUAAAAUUAUCGCAUUUAAGCAAAUUUAGUUUCCAUUUAAAUAUCAAUUUAAAUCAUUUUCUCUUUAGUUCCUCAUAAAUCUUUAAACGAUUUAACUAUCAGCAAAUUCAUCACUGUGACUAUAGAUUUCUAUACUAGGAUUUAAAAGACUUUCAUCGAUUAUUGCCUUUUCAUUGGACUUUGCAAAUAUUUGUACGAUUCAUUGUGAUUAGAAAAUGAAAUCUUAGCCAUUCUUAAAAUAGCUAAGCCUCAAAUUGAACGUAAACGCGACAGACUUAUUAUUUACAUAAUAUAAAGAUUGUCUAUCUCUAUAUCGAAAUCUGGUAUGGCGUCCAGAUGGGAUAACCGAGGAGACUGAAGGAAAUAUCUUGCCUUUUAAAUAAAAGUAGAUAGAAUUGGUAAAGUGUUUAGCAGAAACUCAACAAACAAAAAAGUGAAAAUAAAAAUAAAAGGCGUCGCUGUAUGAAAUAAUACAAGGAAAUCAUCCUUCGAUGUACUUUUUGGGUGCAGAAUUUUGUUAAUUGUAAGUUACACCACAAAAUGGACGUAAUCGCACAUUCGCAAAAAGUUACCGAAUGCUGUUUCUCUAGAUAAAAUUUCUUAUAUGAUAUUAUAUUUCGCCUUUAAACUAACAGAAUUGAACCAAAGAACUUUAAAACAUUCCACCGAAACGACUAACCAACAUCAACUAAAAUAGCAGCGCUUUUCGUAUCUUGUAAAUGUUUAGGUAGCAUCUACAAAAAGAAGAAAUUUAAUCGCAUCCAAAUGCAAAUUUAUCAUCGGAAUACAAUUCCAUGCUUCGAAUGUUAUUCGAAUCAGAAAGCAGGGUUUCGUCUUUGUAGCUAAGUUAGCUAAAAUUAAUGACGAUAAUGAAACAGUUUACCAGCUUUUUAUAUUUCAAUUUGAAACAGUGAUAGGGAUAAAAGCGAUUUAUGUAUUUAACAGAUUGUGUAGAUAUAAGGAGAGUUGUGAAUUCAUUACUUAAAUUUGCGUCUUUUAAUUGUGAGAACGUUUGUUUGGUAUUUCUGUGACUUAUUCUUAUAUAUUCUGACAAGUAUUUCUAUAUUAUAAUCGUUCGUUACUUCUUUGGUAAAAUGGUUAUAUAAAUUAUCUAAAUGGUGAAAAUAAAGAAAAUAUUAUUUAGAA